UUUUACAGCUACGGCUUCAGCAGAGAAGGACCCGUGAGCAGCUGGCAGACCAAGGCAUCAUGCCACCACUGAAAAGCCCAUCCACAUUCCAUGAACAGCGAAAAAGUCUGGAGCGAGCCAAGACUGAAGAUUAUCUCAAGCACAAGAUCAGAAGCAGGCCUGAGCGAUCAGACCUGGUCAAUAUGCACAUUUUACAAGACUCAGCUGCAGAGGGGUCCAUUCAGUCUACUCAAAUGAAGCUGAAAAGAGCCCGACUGGCAGAUGAUCUCAAUGAAAAGAUUGCUCUCAGGCCUGGUCCUUUGGAGCUGGUGGAGAAGAAUAUUAUUCCUGUCGACUCAGCUGUGAAAGAGGCCAUAAAAGGCACCCAGGUCAGCUUCCCCAAGUCGGACGACGCCUUCGCCUUCGAAGAGGACAGCAGCAACGACGGGCUGUCUCCAGAGCAGGCCAGGA